CAUAGUUAUAUACCCAGUUUAUAAAUUAAGAAUAGUUUCUCAUUAUUUUCCGUUCUCUUCUUCUAUUCAAAUCUUCCGCACAAUAAUAAAUGACAAACUAUGGCGCGAUUCAAACCUCGUCUCAUACAUCGCCGUCACCGGUGGUGGAUGUCGAGUCUCUAUCAAGCGACAACAACCAAUGCACCGCGUGCGCCAUGCCCCGUCGUCCUUGGGGAGUGAUGUUCGACUUCCACUCCAUGGGACUUCCUCACGGCGUCUCCGAUGCUUCCUCCAGGUUCAAAACGAACUACAACUACUUCCGCACGAACUACGGGAUCUUCUUUUCCAUCAACAUCUUGAUAGCCAUCUUCGGCAGUCUUAUCAAGCAUCCGUUCUCGCUCAUCGCCUUCACCAUGUUGGUUUCCAUCUAUAUCUUACUUUAUUACCUCCAGGAGGACGAAGAGCCGAUCAAGCUGUUCUGUUGUCAGAUCAGUGAUCAGAUGAUUCGGAUCGUCAAGACUUGCUUGUUUUUGUUAACCAUGGCUCUUCUCGUCGUGACCAACGCAACGUACGUGAUCUACGGUUGGCCGUUGGUGAUCGUAUAUGUUCCGAUCUUGAUCCAUACGGUGGUUAGGAAGACGGAUGAUCUAUUCUUGGAUGAAGAGGCGGCGACGAGGACUGAGACUUAUUGGAGCUCACUCCGUUUCCAUGUCAUGUUCGCUCUCUUUAAUUUGUACUUCAGCUUUGGUUAAGGGUUUAGGGACGUUACGAGUUUAGAGUUUGGUAUGAUUGAUUGGCCGAACGUAUAGACAGACUUAUAUACAUUCAAACGUCUCCUGUUUUGUUUUUCAUUUUUUUUUCCGGCGAACUUUUGUUCUGCAAUCUCCGAUCUUGUCCACCCAUUUUAAGGGAUAUUAAUUAAUAGAGAAAUUAAACUGAAAAAACAAUUACGUGUCUUUGGUUGAAUUGAAAUUUGAAAGUAUAGAAAAAGUCCCAUUUUCACUUUGGUCGACUUGGUCAUGCAAUUUGUCGUUACAUCUUAAUUUUAUUAUAUUAAAAUGUCGUUACAUCAUCUACCGAUGAUCGUUCGUGGGUUGAAUUUAUUGUAUUUUGAUUGUUUCCAGGGUGUGACAUCAACAUAUAGGAGUAUCAAACUCUAUAAAGAAAUAAAGAAAGGCCAUGUAUAUAUAUAUAUAUGUACUUACUUUACUAUGUCCUCGAUAUCGAGUAAUAAAACCGUUUUGAGUCUUGCAGGGAGUGGGGCUUAUAUUGUGAUCGAUAACAUAAACAAGGAACCAUCUAAAUAUUAGGACGACCAGAGUGAUGAAGGUAAAAUGAUGAAGGUAAAAUGUUCUGAUUACCUUGUAACAAUCUUUAUCUCAUAAUUUCUGCUUGAUCUUUUGAUACAUGUAGGGGAAAAGCGAUCCUGAUGAGGCGAAGGAACCUGGAAGUUGUAGCUAUUCUCCAAAGGAUAACGGUGAUGCUAAAAGGUUGGAAUAAUACAUUUAGAAGCUUGAUUUUUUGUAGUCCUCUAUGAAAAACAGAUAGGCAGACAAUCUAGUAUAUUGAUUUCCCUUGCUAACUUAUACAACAAAGCGGACUCUGAUCCAGAUGAAAAAGCACCAUCAGCUAGUGUAAGCACAAAUCAAAUCAAAUAUUUAAACCACUUGCUAGGGUAAGUAAUAGUAUGCAACAGCUUUUUGUUGCAUUUGUAUAUUUCUUAACAUUUCAUCAUCGUUUUUGCCUUGCAGAGUUCAUAAGAACAAAAUUACAUAGAUAUAUACUUACUCUCACUGGUUACAGGAAAUCUAACAAGCUACAGAUGUCAUGAAUGGCCUUCAACAGGGGCGGAUCCAUUAAGGGCACAGGGGGGUCAGCUGACCCCACUAAAAUAUACAUAAAAUUUGUUUUGUAUAGAAAGCUAGAUCCGCCACUGGCCUUCAAGGCAACCUCUUAUCGUCUUCUGGCCGAGGCGGCAUGCCUAUAGAGUAGAGUAUUUUUCUUCUCUUACAUUUUCCAAUUACAAUGAUAUAUCACAUUUGUUA